CACCACCACCAACAACAACCCCACCACCCAACCACCAACACCAAACACUAACACAACCACCACCACCACCACCACCACCACCCCUCUCCCCACACCAUGUCCCCUCCUCGCCGGCCACGCUCGCCGCGUGCUUUUUAAAUUCCCAUCACCAGCCUCCACACGUCGUUUCCUCUUUGGCCGGGAGAUGAUGGACAGCAGGAUACUGGACCCACCUCACGCGCAGUUCGGAGGCUCCCUCGGCGGGAUGGUGAGCUUCCCCUACCACCUGAGCCACCAUCCCGUCUACGAGCUGGCCGGCCAUCAGCUGCAGUCGGCGGCCGCCGCCGUCCCUUUCUCCAUAGACGGAUUACUCAACGGCUCGUGCACGGCGUCCGUGGUCAACUCCAACCCGCUGCUGUCCACUGGCUGCGGGAUGAAUGGAGACAGCCAGCAGUACAAGCUGACAGACUCUGGAGAUCCAGAGAAGGACAGUCCAGGCUGUAAGAGAAGAAGAACUCGCACAAAUUUCACUGGCUGGCAGUUGGAGGAAUUAGAGAAGGCUUUUAAUGAGAGUCACUACCCAGAUGUGUUCAUGAGGGAGGCUCUGGCUCUGAGGCUGGACUUGAUAGAAUCCAGAGUGCAGGUUUGGUUCCAGAACCGCAGGGCCAAAUGGCGCAAGAAAGAGAACACGAAGAAAGGCCCGGGGCGGCCGGCGCACAACUCACACCCGACCACGUGCAGCGGGGAGCCCAUGGACGCGGAGGAGAUCGCGCGGCGCGAGCGCGAGAGGCUGGAGAAGAAGAAGCGCAAGCAAGAACGGCGGCUUCUCCGCGCGCAGGGGAAGCUGGUGCCGGCUGACCUCUUCCACACGCCCGGCUCGGACAGCGACAGCGGCGUGUCGCAGAUCACGGACGGCGAGCUGAACGCGCUGCCCUGCGAAUCGAGCCGCAGCCAUGCGCGGUCGGCCUGCGAGCCCGCGGCGCCCAAACUGCAGGACCAAAGAGAAGCGGGUGCAGCCGAGCUGGACUCGGCCGACGGCGGCCGCCAGGCCAGCCUGGGUCACGGCACCAAGCCGUCGCCUCUGCAGAAACUCAACCCGUUCAGCGUGGAGAGCCUGCUGGCGGACUCGAGGCCCAGGCGGAAGCCCAGCGUGGACUUCCCGGUGUCCCCCACGCGGCCUCUGAUAGGCAAGGGCCACUUUCUGCUCUACCCCAUCACCCAGCCGCUCGGCUUCAUCGUCCCACAGACUGCGCUCAAAAGCCCGGCGGCGGCGGAGGCCGAGAAAGCUGCAGCCGCCGACUGCGCUGACGCAGCCGGACAUCAUCACAGGAGCAACAGAGAGUCCGGCAGCGCGAGCCCGAAGAGCCAGAGCGCGGAGGCGUGCAGAACAGCGCGCUCGCCUCAGUGCAGUCCGGCGCGCGCGGUGAACGGCCACUCACCGGGGCUGUGCGGCGAGCCGAGCGCGCAGGAGAAAGAGGCCGAGCUGAGCAGCCCCGCGUCUCCACAGCAGCCUGAGAGGAGGGAACCAGCUGCCCUGCUCGACUACCACAGCGCGCAGACGGCGGCCAGCAGCACGGACCAAGACAAAGACUCGGUCGAGGUCGAUAUGGGAUAAAAAAAAAAACAAACAAACAAACGAGUAGAAAUCAUAGAGAAAUGAAAGAAAGUGGCGAUACUGGCCGACACUCUUUCACUCUUUCACUCUUUCAAAGCUUAACCGAAGAGGAAAAACACGAAGACAUAUCAGUGCGUCUUUUUUUUUGGACACAUCAUAAUUUAUAUCUGACAUAUCAGAAGGCCUGCCUGAGUUCUUUCGUUUUCUUUAGUUGGCCCCUUAAACAUAUUUUUAUAUGACAUAUCAAAAGGCCUGCGUCUAAUUUUCUUAUCCUUUCUGUUUUUUUCUUUUCCUUUUUUUUUUAGUGGACACAUUUAUAGUGUCCACUCUAUUUAUACGAGACAUAUCAGUGUGUUUAUUACUAUUAUUAUAAUUUUUUUUUUGUCUGUUUGUUUUCAGGGGACACAUUUCCACGGCACCCCAACAGGCCUGUGUUUUCCUAUUUUUCCUUCUUUUUGUUUUCUGAGUAGGGGAAAUAUCUGUGUGAACACUCUGUGUAUGUGUGUGGUGGGCUAAAUGUCUAUUGAAAAAAAAAGGAAGAAGAAAAAAAAAAAAAGCAGAAGAUGAAGAACACACUAGCAGCAGCUCCCUGUAUAACAAACUGUAAAGAGAACAAGACAAAACCUCAAAACGUUGUAAAAAGUAUUAAGAUAUUUAUAUAUGUAAGGUUUUUUUCAUAAAUAAAUCGAUUGUAUACAA